AACCUGUCUGUCUGCUUUGAGUGUGUGUGUGUGUGUGUGAGAGAGAGAGAGAGAGAGAGAGAGAGAGAGAGCACAGUCUGGGGUGUGGAGAAAGGCAGAAAUCACACAGACGGACAGGAGAACUUAACACGCCUGACGUGGACUUGUGGACUAAAAUGAAGUGUGAGGGAGUGUGUAAGAGCAUGAAUCUGUGAGGACAGAGAGAGAGAGAGAGAGAGAGAGAGAGAGGAGGGAAAGAAGUCGUCUCAUGGAGAGGCUCCUCUCUUGCUAUGGGGGGAUGUCAGAGUUUUAUUGGCUCUGGGGACGAGGCUUCACACACUCUGACUGCAGAGAACCACAAAGACAUCAACACGCUGAAACUGAAGAACAAUAAUGUUCAAAAAGCUCCAGCUCUACAAGAAAAGGCGUCCCUGCAGGAUCACUUCCUGAGAGAACGCAUUUCAGAUGUCGAUCUGUUCACACUGUCUGCUCUACCACACGGCCUCGACCAGAACGAGUGGCUGGCCUUUAAUGCUAUCUCAUUCUUUAAGAAUAUUAAUCUCAUCUCAAGCGCUCUGUCUGAAUUCUGCACCUCGACCAGCUGUCCAAUGGCUAAAGGACCAGGAAAUAAGGUGUAUGAAUGGACAGAUGAACAUGGGAAGAAGUUGAAGUGUUCGGCUCCUCUCUAUACAGAUUACGCCAUGUCCUACGUUCAAGAACUGCUCACAGAUGAGAACGUCUUUCCCACCAGGGCAGGUGUAAAAUUUCCAAAUGGAUUCAUGUUCCUGGUCCAGAAGGUGUUCCUGCUGCUGUUUCGGACUCUGUCGCACCUGUACAGUGCUCACUACAGAGACGCCGUGGCUGUGGACAUCCACCCGCACCUCAACACACUCCUCACUCACUUCAUCACCUUCAGCCACACAUUCAGACUGAUGGAGGCUUCAGAGAUGGCGCCACUUGAUGACCUCAUCAGCGCUCUCACACAUUAACACACACAGAUUGUGACUGUUGUGUGUACUGUUAACUGAAUCAGAAAUUCCCUUGUAGACAAGUGUGUAAUUCAUGUUAAACACACAUUAACCUCACUCACACACACACACACACACACACACACACACACACACACACAUCAGCACACAGACUGAGGGUCACUAAUGACGUAAGGGAGGAAAAAAAAACUGGACUGGCUUGUCUGUGUGUGUAAGGUGUAGAUCAGCCUCUGAUCUUUACUCUAGGGCAUAUUGUAAAUAUUAAAGUACUGCAAACACACACACACAAAGACACACACACACUCACACUCACACACAAAGACACAGACACACACACACAUGGACUGUAAAUCUGCUUGUAUGUGAGUCAUAUCUGGUCUGACUGGUUUAUAAUGGAAUAAGAUCUGUUUACACACACACACACACACACACACACACACACACACACACACACACACACACACACACACAACCUUUAUCCUAUAUUAUGCACAAACAGAUUUAUAAUCUAUAAACCCCUUUGUGUUUUUUCUUUGUUGACGUUGUAUAAAAAUUGAGCCAAAAACUUUUCACAUUUAAUUUGCAUGUAGUGAAGAAGAAAAUAUGUGUUUAUUAUAAUAUUUUGUACUCUUUUUUUUACAAGCUUCAUCCACUCACUCGUAACUAAGUGAGGAUUAUAACCAUGACACAGGAAGAUUUCUGAUGAUUUACUGUAAAAUAAGUGGCCUCAGCUCCAGCAGUUCAGUUUACACUUUACUUUCUGAUACAAUUCUGUUUAAUCAUCUCUCAGAUUGCGAUGCUACAUAUACCUGAAACAUUUCACACACACACACACACACACACACACACACACACACACACACACACACACACACACACACACACACACACACACACACU